GAUGAUUUUCCCCUUCUAAACGUAAGGUAUAAAAGGGCUCAGAAAGCGGAAAAAGAACCCUAAAAAGCAAGGUGCGGGAAGGCGUGAGGGACCACACAUUGGGCGCUCCGCCCAAGGGGUCCGGCUCCUUCCCCGCGGCGGUGGCGCGUCCUUGGGCUCAGCAACCCUCCUGAAGACACCUAACCUCCUCCUUCUCCAGCCUGCCCCUCUGGGGCCUGAGAGCCCCGUCCCGGGCCGGGGGUCGGAAGCCGUGCCAUGUAGGACCCCGAAAAGGCCCCCAAGCUUGGCGCGGAAGGCGCCGCCAGUGACCUGCUGCGGCUGGGGGCGGAGGCCGGCAGUUGCUCGGAGCUCCGGCGGGUCAGGAGGUGACGGGGGGAGGAGGAGGCAGGAGGAAGAAAGGGGGGUUGGGAGGUAGCGUCCGGUAGGUCUGCGCAGACAGCGCUGCCAGACCUCUGACUCCCCCAAUCCUGCCGCCGCCGAUAGCCCCACAAGGCGACAUGGGAAGUCCGCCGGAGCAGAGGGGAGAAAAUUCAAAACGAGUCUACUCAACCUCGUCUUGGCUCCGAGGCCCCGCCAUGGAGACCAGCAUAAUGCGCAGGCGCGCCCCACCGGGAGCGCGCAGCGCAGUCCCACGAGAGUAGGACCACUAUCGGCCACCGUCGACCGUUUCCUCUCUCAUCCGUUCUUUUCUUCGUAUUUCCGCCUCUCGCCUCUCUCUAAAAGCCGUAGUUAGAGGCGAGAUUUAGGAAAAACCUCUGCCGAGUGAGCGUCUGGUUGGGAGUAUGUAUGAGAAAAAAAAACUGGCAAGGCGUUAGUCAAGCAAAGCUGAAGGCAGAGGAAAUUUGAUAUCUGGCUGGAGUCUAGAGGAUUUAAUGCAAAUAAGAUACUCUGAGGGCAGCGUGGCAAAAAAAGACUACAAUUCCCGGUGGUCACAGCGUUUGAGAAGCGAUGCUUUCUGAGACUUGUAGUAACUACGAGCUGUGUUUGAACUAUCCAGGCUCAGGACAGCCUCUUGAAAAAAAAUUUUUUUAUUAAUAAAGCGGAUUUGAGUGGGAUCUUUUUCCUAAUCGAUUACGGGCCCACACGUGUGGGAAGAAUUCUAACAAUGAUUAAAGGGACAUGCUACCUUUACGACUAUGCUUUUCUAAUCGAUGACUCCUAAAUCUAGGAGUAGGUAGUCGAUGUUUGUGGUCUGGGCGUCUGUAGAAGGGCAACCGCGUGCUUUCUGCAGAGGAGACCGGAGGGCAGAAAGCAGAGUCCAGGCUUAGACUGCAGUUCCUUGCUUACCUGUGCAGUCUAAUUUUGAGCUGCCUCUUUGUAGUCUUAAAAGGCAGGAGCUUCGUGUUGUGGGUCUGCUAACCCGUACGUUUCCGUGGGCAAGUCGUGUGUACUCCUCGCCAUGGCUCAGCUCCAAACACGCUUCUACACUGAUAACAAGAAAUAUGCCGUAGAUGAUGUUCCCUUCUCAAUCCCUGCUGCCUCUGAAAUUGCUGACCUUAGUAACAUCAUCAAUAAACUACUAAAGGACAAAAAUGAGUUCCACAAACAUGUGGAGUUUGAUUUCCUUAUUAAGGGCCAGUUUCUGCGAAUGGCCUUGGACAAACACAUGGAAAUGGAGAACAUCUCAUCAGAAGAAGUUGUGGAAAUAGAAUACGUGGAGAAGUAUACUGCACCCCAGCCAGAGCAAUGCAUGUUCCAUGAUGACUGGAUCAGUUCAAUUAAAGGGGCAGAGGAAUGGAUCUUGACUGGUUCUUAUGAUAAGACUUCUCGGAUCUGGUCCUUGGAAGGAAAGUCAAUAAUGACAAUUGUGGGACAUACGGAUGUUGUAAAAGAUGUGGCCUGGGUAAAAAAAGAUAGUUUGUCCUGCUUAUUAUUGAGUGCUUCUAUGGAUCAGACUAUUCUCUUAUGGGAGUGGAAUGUAGAGAGAAACAAAGUGAAAGCCCUACACUGCUGUAGAGGUCAUGCUGGAAGUGUAGAUUCUAUAGCUGUUGAUGGCUCAGGAACUAAAUUUUGCAGUGGCUCCUGGGAUAAGAUGCUAAAGAUCUGGUCUACAGUCCCUACAGAUGAAGAAGAUGAAAUGGAGGAGUCCACAAAUCGACCAAGAAAGAAACAGAAGACAGAACAGAUGGGACUAACAAGGACUCCCAUAGUGACCCUCUCUGGCCACAUGGAGGCAGUUUCCUCAGUUCUGUGGUCAGAUGCUGAAGAAAUCUGCAGUGCAUCUUGGGACCAUACAAUUAGAGUGUGGGAUGUUGAGUCUGGCAGUCUUAAGUCAACUUUGACAGGAAAUAAAGUGUUUAAUUGUAUUUCCUAUUCUCCACUUUGUAAACGUUUAGCAUCUGGAAGCACAGAUAGGCAUAUCAGACUGUGGGAUCCCCGAACUAAAGAUGGUUCUUUGGUGUCACUGUCCCUAACGUCACAUACCGGUUGGGUGACAUCAGUAAAAUGGUCUCCUACCCAUGAACAGCAGCUGAUUUCAGGAUCUUUAGAUAACAUUGUUAAGCUGUGGGAUAUAAGAAGUUGUAAGGCUCCUCUCUAUGAUCUGGCUGCUCAUGAAGACAAAGUUCUGAGUGUAGACUGGACAGACACAGGGCUACUUCUGAGUGGAGGAGCAGACAAUAAAUUGUAUUCCUACAGAUAUUCACCUACCACUUCCCAUGUUGGGGCAUGAAAGUGAACAAUAAUUUGACUAUAGAGAUUAUUUCUGUAAAUGAAAUUGGUAGAGAACCAUGAAAUUACAUAGAUGCAGAUGCAGAAAGCAGCCUUUUGAAGUUUAUAUAAUGUUUUCACCCUUCAUAACAGCUAACGUAUCACUUUUUCUUAUUUUGUAUUUAUAGUAAGAUAGGUUGUGUUUAUAAAAUACAAACUGUGGCAUACAUUCUCUAUACAAACUUGAAAUUAAACUGAGUUUUACAUUUCUCUUUAAAGGUAUUGGUUUGAAUUCAGAUUUGCUUUUUUAUUUUUAUUUGUUUUUUUUUUUUUGAGAUGGAGUCUUGCUCUGUUGCCUAGGCUGGAGUGCAGUGGCGCAAUCUCAACUCACUGCAACCUCCGCUUCCUAGGUUCAAUUGAUUGUCCUGUCUCAACCUCCCAAGUAGCUGGGAUUACAGGCACACAUCACGAUGUCCUGCUAAUUUUUGUAUUUUUAGUAGAGAUGGGGUUUUGCCAUGUUGGCCAGGCUGGUCUUGAACUCCUGACCUCAGGUGAUCUGCCCGCCUCAGCCUCCCAAAGUGCUGGUAUUACAGGCAUGAGCCACUGUGCCUGGCCGAAUUAAGAUUUGUUUUUGAAAUGCUGUAAAAGGUUAUAUUGGAAAUCCAGUAAUUGAUUGUUGAGAUUUUUAUUUCUGUUAGAGACUUAGAUUUUUUUAAGUUAGCUAUUUUAAAAAAGCAUUCAAAAAGAUUAAUGAAAAUUGUAAUAGAGAAAAAGUUAGAAAUUCAGUUCCUUUUGGCAGAAUAAAUGUUCAAGAAAAUUAGGCUGUGAGGGUAUUCAGAACAUUAAAAAAAAGGUAGGCUGGGCAUGGUGGCUCACACCUGUAAUCCCAGCACAUUGGGAGGCCGAGGCAGGUGGAUCACCUGAGGUCAGGAGUUUGAGACCACCCUGGCCAACAUGUCAAAACCCUGUCUCUGCUAAAACUACAAAAAUUAGCUGGGCAUGGUGGCGACCGCCUGUAAUCCCAGCUACUUGGGAGGCUAAGGCAGGAGAAUUGCUUGAACCCAGGAGGCAGGGGUUGUAGUGAGCUGAGAUCGUGCCACUGCACUCCAGCCUGGGCGACAGAGCAAGACUCUGUCUCAACAACAACAAUAACAAAAUGUUGAUUCGGCAGGGCACGGUGGCUCAUGCCUGUAAUCCCAGCACUUUGGGUGGCCAAGGCAGGCGGCUCACCUGAGGUCAGGGGUUCGAGACCAGCCUGACCAACAUGGUGAAACUUUGUCUCUACUAAAAAAAAAAAAAAAAAAAUCCAAAACAAAUUAGCCUGGUGUGGUGGCACACUCCUGUGGUCCCAACUACUUGGGAGGCUGAGGCAGGAGAAUUGGUUGAACCCGGGAGGUGGAGGUUGCAGUGAGCUGAGAUCAUACCACUGUGCUCCAGCCUGGGCAGCAGAGCCAGACUCUAUCUCAAAAUAAAGAAAAGUAGAUUGCCAAUUUUUGAAGAAUUCAUCAAGAUAUUUUAAGGAAGGCACUUUAUAUUAAAUAUAUGUCAGAUCCUUUAGAAAUUGCAUACAGUUGGCUGGGCACGGUGGCUCACGCCUGUAAUCCCAGCACUUUGGGAGGCUGAGGCGGGCGGAUUGCCUGAGCUCAGGAGUUCAAGACCAGCCUGGGCAACACAGUGAAACCUCGUCUCUAAUAAAAUACAAAAAAUUAGCUGGGCGUGGCAGCAUGUGCCUGUAGUCCCAGCUACUCCGGAGGCUGAGGCAGGCAAAUUGCUUGAACCCGAGAGGCAGAGGUUGCAGUGAGCUGAGAUUGUGCCACUGCAUUUCAGCCUGGGCGACAGAGCAAGACCCUGUCUCAAAAAAAAAAAAAAAAUUGCAUUGCAUACAGUUUUCACUGUAACCUCCUAAUCUUUCCUCA